AUGCCCCCUGUCGCCCUUUAUUUUAACACAACCUUUUCAUCUUUGCAAUCAACUUACCUCUUUGUGUGUGUUGCAGGCAGCAGUAAAGCCCAGUGUGAAGGCUGCAUAGAGUACUGCUGCGAUGGGUCUCCACCUUUCUGCUGCUCCUACUACGCGUACGUGGGCGACGUCCUCUCGGGCACUGCCAUCUCUGGGAUCGUGUUCGGGGUGGUGUUCCUGAUGGGGGCGGUGGCGGCCCUGUUCCUGUGUGUGUGUAUGUGCAUGAAGAACGGGCGGGGGGCGCGGGUCGGCGUGUUCAGCACCUCCUACAUCAACACUGUGACUCAGGGGUACCCAGGUCCUCCACCUCCAUACACCUACGACUACGAGAUGUACCCUCCCUCGCUGCACCCGCCACCUUACACCCCGUCUCAGCCGAACUCUGCCAACUACUCCCCUCCUCCUCCGUACCCGGGAUGUGCCCGCAAGUGAAUCCCUGCUAUAGACCCUCUAGCAGUCAUCUAAAAGGAACUGAUCAAUGUCUACACACCUGGAUCUCUGGCCUCCAAAGACAAUUAAAGAGGCCUGAAUGUAUUCCACAUUUAAAAAGAAAAAGGGGGGGCAGGCCAGGUGUGAAUGUCACUGCCUUUCUGCAGGAGUCUAGACCAAAUGUUGAGGAAAUUAAUAAUAAUUGAACAUUCUCAUAGAGUUAGCAGGCGUGCUAGCCUGCAGCUAGCACUUCCUAAUAACCAAUACUCUCAUCCUUCCCCGACUGAGCACAUCAAAGGCUCCGCGCUGCUUUGAUGCAGGUGAAGACCACUUUUGUCAGUAUGGAGCAGUACCUUACAUCACUGGAGGAAUGUCGUUUUUUUAAGGGAGAUGCAAAUGAAGCUUUAUUAUAUUUUAAGAAAAGUCUUUCCAGGACACAGUGCAGACAUGAGAAUUGACCUAUUUUUAAUAAAACUUGAUUUAUAUUGUGACUUAAGAGGAAGCAUAUGAUCACUAUUAUGUGUAGACUUGAACAUAAGGCAUUAUACUGACUUUAAUGGCAACUUGUUGUCAAUGAACUGGUUUGUACUGCCUUACUUGAAUCAAUGUGAUGGUGUAAACUGAAUUGGGGGUCCCACUAUGUUCAAUUUGGUAAAGUAAUGAAAUAAAAUUGUGUUUUAUUUGAAAUGCAUUUUGUAGGCUGAUUUAAGGUUUGAAAGAGGACCCCACUGUGUAAUGGCUGAUACAUGUGAUGGACGACUGUGAAAAAUGGAAGGGAUUUAGGUUUGAUACUAAUAAUGUAUCAGGUAGAUGAUUUUGUGUUUCUUUAUUGUGUUUACUGGCUGUCUUGUACAUUGAAGAUUUGAUUAAAGCGUUUUUAAAGUAUA